UCUCCAGGCAGACAAAUUUGCUAAACGAAAAAGUUUAUUACUUUACGACUUGCGCCGCGGUUUUAGAGUGUAAUUGGAACCAAGGGACUCGGUGGAGCUGAACGUGGUGGGGAACACAUGGCUACUGAAAAGCCCAGGAGCGCCUCAGUGCUCGGCGGGUGGACUACGUGACAUGACCUCAAGGGUUUCGCACCACCAACACUCCUCCGCAAAAAUUGAGGAUGGGGUGCUGGGAAAAAGUGAGCUUUGGCGGCGUUCGUAUGGGGAGCCUGUUAGCCAUGACUUCCAAGAGCAAAAUGACGAUUUUUCAGGUCAGCAAACAAGUUCAGAAGGUACUGGGGUUCAUGAACGGGCUUCAACGGACGACUCUGCCCUUCCAGGUACGCCUAGCAGUCUUGACACUCCAACUAGGGAUUUAUUCUCGCGGCCAAAAUCAGCAAACAGGGUUAGUUGGAGGACGGCCCAAUGGCAACGUCCACACAACUCAUCCGGCACACAGCUUUGGAAACCGCAGGUAAAAGACGAGGAUUCGCAGAGUCUAUUGUUCCGAGACGGCAUUCGACCCAUCGACUAUGUGUUGGCAUACGAAGAGGGCGACACCCUUGACAUUGCUGAAGAGAGAAGGCGUGAGAAAAGGGAAACAUUUGAGAAGAACCUCAUGGCUGAAGGAUUGCAGCUCGAGUUGGAGAGGAAAGAGGACUCGUUUGACAGGAGGACUUAUUUUGUCAAGAUCCACGUUCCUUGGAGGGUGAUGCGGAGGUACGCCAGUAUAAUGAACCUCAAGAUGCCCAUUAAGAGGUUCAUCACUGUGUCCUCUAGCACUUGGAUGAAUAACGGGUGCCAAGAAGAAGAAAUUCCGAAAGAAAGUGAGAGUGAAAUCGCGCCGAGACAAAGCGCGAUGAGGAGAUUCAGUGCUAUGUUAGGACUUGAACUGGAGAGGCAGGAGCCUUCUUUCUACGCGUCCGCUCUUGCGAAACCAAAAGAAGAGAAGUUCGUAGUAAAAGACCGAGAGUUGGAUUACACCUCAGCUCAAAGAAGUCAAGUGGCUUGGCAAAUAAUGAUGCGGUGCCGUUAUGAUGAUCACGACAAAGAAAAGGUUGGGAUUCGGAGGCUUUUAAAUAAUCAAACAUUUCUGGCGGCGUACCCUUUACACGAGGGCAGGUACGACAAAGAUCCCCCAGAAGGCGUGGACAGAUUGGACAGAAGGAUUUUGUACAUGAACUGGGCGAGAGCGGGGUCUUGGUACAAAAGGCAACCCUUGUGGCAAGUGCGCAAGUAUUUCGGCGACAAAAUUGGUCUGUACUUUGCGUGGCUCGGCUUUUACACGGAAAUGCUCAUUCCAGCAGCAGUCGUCGGCUUUUUGUGCUUUUUGUACGGCUGUUUAUCACUUAACUCUGCCGACAACAUUCCCAGCAAGGAAAUCUGCGACCCAAAAGGCGCCGGCAACAUUACCCUGUGUCCGCUCUGUGACAAAGCUUGCCAAUUUCAGCAACUAAAAGACUCGUGUUUUUUUGCCAAAGUCACAUAUCUCUUUGACAACCCUGCCACAGUUUUCUUCGCCAUUUUCAUGUCCUUUUGGGCGACCACUUUUCUUGAAUUAUGGAAGAGACGUCAAGCAGUGAUUGCGUGGGAAUGGGACCUGCAAUUUGUGGACGAGGACCAAGAGCCGCGACCUGAGUUUGAAACCACAGUGAAGACAUUCAGAAUUAAUCCAGUUACUGGAAGACGAGAGCCCUUUUUGACGUUUCUGGACAGAUCAAGGAGGGUGGUGGCGUCUGGAUCUGUUGUUAUUUUCAUGGUUUGCAUUGUGAUGUGCGCUGUAGUGGGCACUAUCCUGUACAGAAUCACAGCGGUGGCAGUUUUGUACCGCAAUGGAGAUUUUUUUAUGAAAAGAAAUGCCAAACUCAUAACUUCCAUGUCUGCUGCCGUGAUAAAUUUGAUCAUAAUCGUUCUUCUAACCAGAUUUUAUCACAGACUGGCGUUGUGGUUGACCAAUUUGGAAAAUCCGCGCACCCAGACUGAAUACGAGGAUAGCUUCACGUUCAAAAUAUUUGUAUUUGAAUUCAUGAACUUUUACUCUUCCUUGAUCUACAUUGCAUUUUUCAAGGGCCGGUUUUUCGUCCACCCGGGUGACCAACACGCUCGCAGCUCCGAGUUUCUAAGGUUGAAAGGAGACGUUUGUGACCCAGCAGGCUGUUUAUCUGAACUUUGCAUUCAACUUGCAAUAAUUAUGGUUGGCAAACAAGGACUUAACAAUUUCGUCGAGCUUCUUCUGCCGAAAUUGGAAAAUUGGUGGCGCAAAAGAAGCCAUAUGGCCAAAACGGAGGACAGAGAAAAGCCCUUGAAAAGAUGGGAAGAGGAUUAUCAGUUGCAGGACAGUGGAAGGCUGGCUUUGUUUCAAGAGUACUUAGAAAUGGUUCUGCAGUAUGGAUUUGUGACAAUGUUUGUUGCCGCAUUUCCUUUGGCGCCACUCUUUGCUUUGCUUAACAACGUGGCUGAACUUCGUUUGGACGCUUACAAAAUGUUGACCCAGGCGAGGAGGUCAUUGGCAGAAAGGGUUGCCGAUAUAGGAGCCUGGUACGGAAUUCUGCAGGGAGUGACGUACACCGCCGUCGUUUCAAACGCCUUUGUGAUCGCGUACACGAGCGACUUCAUUCCCCGAAUGGUCUUCAAAUUCGGAUACUCCCAAAGUGGCACGCUUGAGGGCUAUAUCCAGUCUUCUCUUUCACUGUUCAACACUACGCAUUAUUUGGAAGGCAUGGGUGCGGAAAGGGCACGAAACGCGUCCAGCCCUCCAGUUUGUUGGUACAGAGGAUACAGAAAUCCCCCCGGUAGCCCCGACCAAUAUGACCUGUCACCUCAAUAUUGGCACGUGUUUGCAGCCAGGCUUGCUUUUGUCGUGGUUUUUGAGCACAUCGUGUUUGCCCUGACAGGGAUCAUGGCGUACGCGAUCCCGGACGUUCCUGCUGAGGUGCGAACGCAGAUCCAGCGAGAGCGUCUGCUUGCCAAGGAGGCGAAAUUUGAUUCGAAACGCAGGGAUCUCAACAGGUCGGCCAGCGAAGGCACUCCGACGGCCAACGCGCAUCCACCGGUGCUUCCCAGCGACUGCACCGUGUUGCAACACCACAAGGUCAUCAUCCAGAACUCGGUCUGGGAUCUCAGCUGAAAUUGUCAAAAAUCGACUACAUUAAAUAACUUUUCCACGUUGUCUAUAAAAAUUUACAUGAUAAUCAAAUAUAUUAUGUGACCAAAAUAAAAUGUAACAACUAACAGAAUUUAAACUGAAAUUGUUAGA